AUGGCAAGGCUCAACACAGCCAACCCGCUGGUCAAAAACACUCCCCACAAAGAGAUUGGCGCACGUACCCUAGGGACAUCCCGCAAUAGUCCACUGCCUAGAGAGCCAUGUUUCAAUUUCAGGAACAUAGCCAAGCAAAACAUGCCCAUCAAGCCGCAAAGCCAGUCGCAACGGCAAGCAAAUGGUCUAGGUGGAUCAUUUGAUAUAUUCCCCGACAGCGACUCCGCAUCGGAAAAUGAAUUUGGACAGCACAGGUCCACCGGAAAGCAGCAAAAGCAAAGGACACUGGGACUCGCACGUGUGAAUUCGUUACUCCUACCAGCAAAGCGGAGACCACGUCCAGCCAUCCGAAGGGAGACUGAAGAUUAUGACAAAGAGAAUGAUGUGCCGGACUACGCCACAGAUGGAUAUCGAACCCCAGAUUUGACGCCAACAAGACCGAGUGCCUCUCAGGCUCCCACAAGAACUAGGAUGGAUUAUAUCGCCGCGACACAACCAGUGAUCAACCGCCAAGAAGAGCGAGAGGAGCCGGAAAUCAGCUUUGAAGAAGAAGAUAGCUCUGACUCACUAGACGGGUUCAUUGUCAGCGACAAUGACGAGCCUAGCUCCUUUGAGACAUCGGAGUCUGAGACAGCCAACACAGAAGAUGAACCUAGCCCGGCUCCGUCGCCUGUCAGGUCGCCAAGAAAAAGACUCAUGCGUGGAAGAAGACCAAUAUCGGAAGCAGAAUCAAACACUUCUGCAGACGAGGAGCCAUCAAUGGAAGCGACGAAGUUGGCGACAGAGCUGGACCGAUCAAUUGAGAAAUCAAAGACUGUCGCAAAAACAGUCGCAAAAACAGCCGCCCCAACACCUAAAGACUGCACACCAAGUCUUGCAACCAGUUCCAAGUCUAUAUCCCCUGUCAGUAGGGCAGAGAUACCCAAACCCCAGGCUGAUUCAAGCUGUCCUCUUCAUUUCGGCCUCUACAACUCCAAAGACCUCAUACAACACCUUGAGGAUCUUUAUCUAGACAGCGACAAUGAGUCUACAUCGCCAAAAUAUCCAGAACAGUCCAAUUCGGAAUUUUCUCUCAAUAGCUCUAUCACAUCGGUUGGUAGUGCGCCGGGAAUGGGCAUUCCCACCACCAUAAAGGCCCAGAAAAAGGCCGAGGCAGCACGGAAACGCGAGAUUCGAGCCCAAGUGGCCGAAUUCAACCAAAAGAAAAUCGCCUUUGCCGAAGGAUUCCUCCGACACCUUGACAAUACCUUCAACAGCCAGAUCUCUAGCAUGACCAAGGCAACCGGCGGCAUCAAAAUCAUCUGGACAAAGAAUUUCAGAAACACUGCCGGGCGGGCAACCGUACGUACAGAACGGCUUCUGGAAGGAGAAGCGAGCGUGGAAGUACCCGCGAAGCGACGUUACCAUGCCACCAUUGAGCUCUCCGAGAAAGUCCUAGACAGCGAGGACAAGAUCCUCUGCACUAUGACACACGAGUACUGCCACCUCCUCGAUAUCAUGGUCACUGAAAACAGGGCCAAGGGUACGGCGCAGCACGGAGCCAGCUUCAAGCAAUGGGGCGACCGAUGUGUCCGCGCACUGGAAGGCCACCCGAUAUACGGGGGCCGGGUUGAGGUCACGACUAAACAUAGCUAUGAGAUCAACCACAAAUACAUCUGGGCAUGCAAGGCCCAGGGCUGUGAUUUCAGGGUCGGGCGUCACUCAAAGAGUGUUGACCCAAAGCGUCAGUUUUGCGGCCGUUGCAGGGGCGUUCUCGAGCAAAUUAAGCCGGUGCCGAGGGCUGUAGCGCCGAGGAAGCCUGUUGUAAAGGCAAUGGUUGACGAGAGGGAGAUUGUGAUCAUUGAUCCUUGA